AUGGGGUCACUGGUCUGGACGCUGGCGGCCGGCGCGCUGCUGGCGCUGACGCUGUCGCCGGGCCGGGCGGGCGCCCCGAGGAGCAGCCGGCGGCCGGCGCGGGGCUGCGCUGACCGGCCCGAGGAGCUCCUGGAGCAGCUGUACGGGCGGCUGGCGGCGGGCGUGCUCGGCGCCUUCCAGCACACGCUGCAGCCGGGCCCGCGCGAGCAGGCGCGCAACGCCAGCUGCCCGGGGGGCCGGCCCGACCGCCGCUUCCGGCCGCCCACCCCGCUGCGCAGCGUGUCGCCCUGGGCCUACAGGCUGUCCUACGACCCCACGCGCUACCCUCGGCUCCUGCCGGAGGCCUACUGCCUGUGCCGCGGCUGCCUCACCGGGCCGCGCGGAGAGGAGGACCUGAGCCUGCGCAGCGCCCCGGUGCUGCUGCCCACGGUCGUGCUGCGCCGCACGCCAGGCUGCGCGGGGGGCCGCUCCGUCUACGCGGAGGAGUACGUGGCGGUGCCCGUGGGCUGCACCUGCGUCCCCGCGCCCGACCGCGACGCGCCCGCCGUCUCCGGAGCAGACCGCGACGGAAAAGAGCGGAACCGGGACCCAGGUCACCAGGAGCGGGACCGAGACCUGCGCAGGCCCUCCCGUUCGGGAGCAGGACAGUGACCUGGGCAGGUCUUCUCGCCCGGGCCACCCUCGGGGGAACCUCUCCCGCGGCCCCGGCUUCUGCUGGGCGGGAGGCAGGAGGUGCCUAGUGUAGGGAUCCGGCCGCGGGACAGGACGGCCAUCCAGGCCUGAGGCCGCAGCCGGGCCCACCGCCCAGCCUGUGCGUGCUGCUGGGACACGCAGGCCAAAGCCCGCACGUAGGUAGGUGGUA